AUGAUACACUCCAUGUCGUCAAUCGUUCGUUUCGCCUCUCUUCCACUGCUCGUCCUCCUCUGGCUGCCCGUUGUAUGGUCUCUGCCGAGUCCGUUAAUGGCAGUCAGGGAGCCUAAGCCUCAAGACGUUGGGUCUCUGUCUAGUGAGGUCUUGACCACCCCCAUCUCUCCUACCGUCGCCGCCAGCACCCAAGCGCCCAGCGCCGCCUCCUCAGAGCCCCGACACGACAACCACUCGCAAACGGCCAUAAUCUCCACCACAAUCGGAGUGAUAUGCACCAUCAUCGUCUGCUGCGUCAUCUUCUCCGCUGGCGUCUGGUUCUGGCGACGCAGGCUACGGCACAAAAACGCCGUGCGGCUCGCAGGUCUGCGCCAGAUGCCCACCCUCCGUCGCUCUUCAAGCGUCGACAAGAAACACGGGCGUGCGUUCUCGACCGACAGCACCUGCUCCACCCCAGAUCCGUUCAGUCCGCUGCCGGUAUAUGUGAAGCGGUCGAACAGCUACAACCUCCCGAGGAAGCCGGCGCCCAGGUGGUCUGCGUUCUUCCAGGGCCAGCUGCCUGCGGUCCAAGAAUCAGCCCCGACUGCAUCGCCAGCAAGUCCACCGCCUGUCUAUAUUCUCAUGCCUGACGAUUUGAGCGGUGAGAAACCAAAGGGAGUUGAGGGGGAGAAGAAGCCGUAG